AUGGCCGAGACCGACAAAACCACCAACGAGGACCAGCAGGCCUGGGACAUCGCCAAACACGAAGCGGCGCUGGCGCACUUUGAGAAGCUGCAGGAUCAGCUGGACGCUCUUCGCGCCGCGAUUCCAUCGAUAGUCGCACCUCUGAAGUAUAAAAGUGCCACCAAGCCGCGCCUGUUUGCCGACAUCAAGGACGCUGCCGUAACUGCCUCCACCGAUCUGAAGGACUUCCGCGAAAACUGGACAUCCGAGCAAACACAGAGCUUGCUUGCCAGAGCCGACGAAAGCAAGCAGAAAGAUGGCGACUUCAGCAAGGCGGUCACAGUGCCGCGGUAUGGGUGGAUUGAUGGCAGGUGA